AUGAGCGUCCGGUGGGAAACUGAGGGUCUGCAGACGGUGGGCAUCGUGUGUCUGGUCAUCAUGUUCCUCAAGCUGAUGCAUCUGUUGGGCCUCAUUGACAUCACCGAGACUGACAGCAGUGACAGUGAUCUGGAGCUGUCAACAGUGCGUCAUCAGCCAGAGGGUCUGGACCAGUUGCAGGCUCAGACAAAGUUCACCAGGAAGGAGCUUCAGUCACUCUACAGAGGCUUCAAGAAUGAGUGUCCCAGCGGGCUGGUUGAUGAGGAGACAUUCAAGUCCAUCUAUUCUCAGUUCUUUCCCCAAGGAGACGCGACCACGUAUGCUCACUUCCUCUUCAACGCCUUCGACAUCGACAGGAAUGGCUCAAUCCGCUUUGAGGACUUUGUCAUUGGCCUGUCUGUGCUUCUCAGAGGCUCUGUCACAGAGAAGCUCAACUGGGCCUUUAACCUCUAUGACAUCAACAAAGAUGGCUACAUCACAAAAGAGGAGAUGCUGGCAAUAAUGAAAUCAAUUUACGACAUGAUGGGAAGGUACACUUACCCAUGUGUGCGUGACGAGGCUCCAUCUGAGCACGUGGACAAGUUCUUCCAGAAAAUGGACAGAAACCGAGAUGGUGUUGUGACCAUAGAAGAGUUCAUCGAGACCUGCCAGAAGGAUGAAAACAUCAUGAACUCCAUGCAGCUGUUUGAGAAUGUAAUCUAA